AUGGGUGAACAGUUGGCUCUCAGCGCGUUACUUGGAUCUAUCUGGAUCAUCACCUUAUACGGUAUCAUCGUAGGUGUCUGGUGGAUUCGCCUACGAGACUAUUUCGUGGAUAGGGGCCAGGAGCGUGGAGUUCAGGAUGGAAACUACCGUCUCGCUGCGAUUGCAUUGACUGGUCACUUAUGCGAUGUCACCAUGGGGAUGGUUCUUAUCCCUGUCUCCCGGCACAGCGCGCUUGCGUCCUUCUUCAAAUUAUCCGUCUCAACAACGCUUACCUUUCAUAUGCUGAUAGCUUAUACUCUCUUCACACUGGUUAUUAUCCACGGAUUAAUCUAUGUGUCCUGGGUGCCAGCUUUCAACUCUCUCUCAGAGAGGCUUCGGGAAGUAUUUCCUGUCUUAAACCCAACUUACUUAUACCACGAGACUUGGCCGGGUAACCCGUCGGCUUUGGGUGUGUGGCGAGCCUCUCUUAUAUUCACUGGCAUCGUCUCUACCACGAUCAUGGGCCUCAUAUUCGUCACUACGUUGCCGAAGAUUCGAGUGAAAUAUUUCAAUGUCUUUUAUUUUACCCACCUUCUGAGUAUCGUGGCAGUCAUCGUCAUCUGUCUGCACGCGAGUACUAUUUUCUACUGUGUGUCUCCAGGGCUAGCCAUGUGGGUGCUCGACUGGGGUAUGCGACUGUACGAGCUAAGAGAAUGUGUGCAUGGCAAGGUGAUCCAUCUAGGAAAUGGAUGGUAUUGCAUCGAGCUACUACUUCCUCGACACCGACUCGACGGGUGUGCCUGCCAGUCACCGCUAGCGCAUUUCUAUAUUCGCCACGCGAAUUCCUCCGCCUGGGAGCUCCAUCCUUUCACCACUAUUACUCCUCUUGCAUCCGAAAGCAAAAAUACCGCAUCCGAAGAAGAUAUUCCGAUCCAAUUCAUUUUUCGUAAGCGUGGUGGGUCCGGCAACGUUCCCCACCCCCAGGCUAGGAAAAUAGUAUUGUCGACAUGGUUCAACUUCUUUCGCAACCCCACAAAGCCAACUAUCCAGUGGACAGACAAGCUGGCUAGUAUCGCCGAUAAAAGCAAGCCCUUGUUGGGAUCCGGAGAUAACAGCGAAUUCAAUCAGUUAACUGGCACGCCAUCUUUUGAGCUUACCAGCGAGGUUGAAUCAUCCACUUCUUACCCACAAAGCGUGGACGUUUCGUUAAGACUCGAAGGCCCAUAUUUCACAGUGGCAGAUCCUUCACGGUACAAGACUGUCAUAUGCAUGGUCGCUGGUACAGGAGUAAGUGGGGCUAUAGCAAUAGCCCGCGCCUUUCUUGAGCAGAAGAGACAGCAAAUGGCAGUUCUUGAAAUUGGCAGUGAAUGGAGUGCCAAUAGCAGACCAGCAAAUACGUCUAUCUGUGAGAGAUGUGUGAUUAUCUGCGGACCCGACUACGUCACUUGA